AUGGCAUCUUCGAGCUCAUCAGGACCUUCGUGUCACGAUCUGGACAAUACUUUUUGUAUUGAUGCUAGUUCGUGCCGCGGAGGCUUCGACUUCUCUCUCCUUUUUGAAGAAACUAUUCUCGGUAUCCUCCCUAUUGCUCUAAUCUUAAUUCUGGUCCCCUUUCGUCUUGCGCAACUUGCACAAAAAAGCCGCAAGGUUGAAGGCUCGUCGCUCUUUCUCUCUAAAUUGACUGCCUGGGUAUUCUUUGCUGGACUCCAAAUCGCCCUGACUGCCCUCUGGGCCCUUCCCUCUGCCGAUGGAACGAAAGCGUCAAUAGCGGCCAAUGCUGUCUUUGCAGUCGGGGCUUUUUUCCUCGUUCUGCUGUCGUACGCGGAACAUACGCGCUCUGUCAAACCAUCCCUCAUUCUGAACGCCUACCUGCUUGUCAGUCUCCUUUUUGAUAUCGCAAAAGUCAGAACUCUCUGGCUCCGUUCGGUCAACAGCUUUAAUGAUGGUAUUGCAAUUGUUACUACUGUCUCCCUCGGUGCAAAACUUCUCCUCGCGUUUCUCGAAGCCAUUGAGAAGCGGAAAAUCUUGAAACAUGAGUUCGCCGAUUACCCGCCGGAAGCCACCGCUGGCCUAUAUAACAAAGCAACUUUCUGGUGGUUAAACCCUCUAUUUAAGAAUGGUUUCAGCAACACUCUAUCCGUCGAAGAUCUCUCUGUUUUGGACAAGGAGCUCAGUUCCGAGCGACUACUCGCGUUAUUCGAAGAACGAUGGAGCAAAGUGAAAUCUAAGUCAGCAAACACACUGCAAUUGGAGUCGUUCAAGGCCACCAAAGGCCCCCUUCUCGCCGCCAUACCCGCCAGGGCCUUCGUCGUGGCCUUCAAUGUCUGCCAGCCUCUGCUCCUGACACGAUCGAUUUCCUAUUUCAGUGAGCCUGUUAACAGUGCCACCAAUAAUGUGGGUUAUGGACUCAUUGGUGCUUACAUUCUCGUAUACACUGGUUUGGCGGUCGCAAUGGGCCAGUACCAGCACAACACUUACCGGGGUAUCACCAUGGUGCGAGGAAUUCUUGUCACCAUGCUAUACAAGAAAGCCAGCUGUCUGAGUUUGAACGAGGCCGGUUCGGCUAACUCUCUGACACUGAUGAGCGCUGAUGUUGAGAGAAUUACUCAAGGAUGGCAGACGAUGCAUGAGAUCUGGGCCAAUGGAAUUGAGAUUGCUCUAGCAGUAUAUCUGCUAGAGAUUCAACUAGGCAUUUCCUGCGUGGUCCCAGUCUGUGUUGCUCUCGUGGCACUCAUUGGAUCAUUUAUCAUGAUGUCUUUUGUCGUUCCUCGGCAAGCUCAGUGGCUUGAAGCCAUUGAAAGACGUAUCGCUUGCACAUCUACCAUGCUAGGAUCCAUCAAGGGAGUGAAGAUGCUCGGACUUCAAAACACUCUUAUGAAUUUUGUGCAUGGUCUUCGCAUUGAUGAGCUGAAUAUCUCAAAAAAAUUUCGUACCCUGCUUGUUUGGAACAUGGGUUUUGCAUGGAUGACUCGUAUCUUCGCCCCGAUCUUUACCUUCGGUGUUUAUGUCGCCAUCUCCGACCAGACUCUGGAUGUCACCAAAGUCUUCACAUCACUUUCGCUAUUCUCACUUUUGUCCGACCCCCUUCUCACCCUCGUUAUGGCUCUUAUGUCUUUCUUUGGCGCGGUCGGUUCUUUCGCCCGUAUCCAAGACUUCUUGGAUAAAGAGGACCACUCGGACAAGCGACUCAACACUCCCCAGAUGCCUUCUCUGGAAGAUCUUGGCGAGGCAAAGCUUCUCUCUAAGUCUGGCGACUUUGACUUGGCCUCUAGCAACUCCGCCUCUGUGGAAUCGCUGAAGCGUGGCUCCACCUCCAGCACCUCGACCAAUGCUGCCAUGAUUCAAAAUGGCACAUUCGCAUGGGAGGCCGACAAGGAAGCUCUCCUAAAGGACAUCACACUCACUGUGCCUCGUGGCAGCUUCACUAUGCUCAUUGGACCAUCUGGAUGCGGUAAAUCGACUCUACUCAAGGCCCUUCUGGGAGAAAUCUCCCCGGUUCAGGGUAAGGUUGAGCUGAACUCGGCAAGCGUGGCAUUCUGUGAUCAGACACCGUGGCACAUGAACGGUGCUAUCAAGGACAGCAUCGUUGCCAUGUCCGACUAUGACCCUAAGUGGUAUGCCUCUGUCAUCCAAGCAUGUGCCUUGGAGGAGGACCUUAGUCAGUUCCCUCGUGGUGAUCGCAGUAUUAUCGGCAGCAAGGGCAUCGCACUCAGUGGUGGCCAGAGCCAGCGCAUCGCUCUUGCUCGCGCUGUCUACGCUCGACGCAAGAUCAUCAUCUUGGACGAUGCUUUGAGUGGCUUGGAUGCCACUACCGAGAACCACAUCUUUCACAGCCUCUUUGGUGACCUUGGACUUCUCCGGGAGAUUGGAACCUCUAUCAUUGUUGCCUCUUCUGCUGUGAAGCGCCUACCAUACGCUGAUCACAUUGUCGUAUUGGAAUCAUCCGGUCGCAUCGCUGAACAAGGACCUUUCAGUGCUCUCAACAAGACCGGUGGCUAUGUAGCAAGCUUUGGUCUCGGUACUCCGGACUGGGACUACAAGCCCAAGCGCUUCUCUGCCUCGCCAAGUUACAGCACCGUUGAUUCUAUUGAGAAGGAGAAGGAAGACAUAGAACCUGAGCCGAUUGAACGCGAUAUGGGCGGUGAUCUCUCCAUCUACACCUACUACAUCAACGCGAUCGGCUGGCUCCCUGCUAUCAUAUUCGGUAUUUCAAUGGCUGGAUUUGUCUUCUGUAUUUCAUUUCCCAGUAUUUGGCUGAAGUGGUGGGCUCUUGCCGAGAUGGCCGAGCCAAAGAAGCAUAUCGGUCACUAUCUUGGUAUCUAUGUGAUGCUCGGUUGUAUCGCUAUGCUGGCCCUCAUCGCUGGCUGCUGGCAGAUGAUUAUCACUAUGGUGCCCAAGUCUGGGGAGAGCUUCCACCGCAGGCUUCUAUCCACGGUUCUCAGUGCUCCAAUGCUCUUCUUCUCCACAACUGACAGUGGUAACAUUCUUAACCGUUUCAGUCAAGAUUUGCAGCUCAUUGAUAUGGAGCUCCCCAUUGCCGCAAUUAACACCGUCGUCACAUUUUUUCUCUGUCUAGCUCAGAUGGCACUGAUCGGAGUUGGCUCUAAAUACGCAGCUAUUUCGUUCCCCUUCGUGCUUGGUGUCUUGUUCCUCGUGCAGAAGAUGUACUUGCGCACUUCGCGUCAAAUCCGUUUCCUGGACCUCGAGGCCAAGGCACCUCUUUAUUCUCACUUCACGGAUUGUCUCCAAGGAUUGGUUACGCUACGAGCCUUCGGCUGGCAACACGGAAUGGAAAAGAAGAAUAUCGAGCUUCUAGACUACUCCCAGAGACCUUUCUACUACAUGUUCGCCAUUCAGCGUUGGUUGACUCUGUCACUUGAUCUGAUUGUCGCUGGUAUCGCAGUCCUCCUGAUCAUUCUAGUUGUGAUCCUUCGUGGGACAAACCUGGGUGCCGGCUCUGUCGGCGUUGCCCUACUCAACGUCAUCCAGUUCAGCCAAAGUAUCAAGCUUAUGGUUACUUUCUGGACUAAUCUGGAGACCCAUAUUGGUUCUAUCCUGCGCGUGAAGGAAUUCAGCCAGGGUGUCGAAUCGGAAGACCGGCCUGGUGAAGACGGCGAAAUCCCUCCCAACUGGCCUUCAAAUGGCGCCGUGACCUUCCACUCGGUUUCCGCAGCCUACAGGCCCUCUGAACCAGUGCUCAGUGAAGUUUCCUUAUCUGUGAAAGCAGGUGAGAAGGUCGGCAUCUGCGGCCGAACUGGCAGUGGGAAAACGUCAAUGAUUUUGAGCAUCUUCCGCAUGAUCGAGCUGACCGGUGGAACCAUCACGGUGGAUGGCGUCGACAUCACCCGCCUACCAAGACGGGAAAUCCGUUCUCGCAUCAAUGGAGUCUCACAAGACUCACUCCUCUUCAAGGGAAGUGUCCGGAACAAUGCCGACCCAACAGGAGUCUGCACAGACAGGGACAUCCUGAACGCUUUGCGAAGCGUGCAGCUCCUCCCAGCCAUCCAAGAAAAGGGGGAUCUCGACACCGACAUCGACGAGAUCCACCUGUCUCAUGGUCAACGACAGCUCUUCUGUCUUGCGCGCGCUCUUCUCCGACAGGGCAACAUCCUCAUCCUCGACGAGGCAACCAGCAACAUUGACACCAAGACCGACGAAAUCAUGCAACGCGUCAUCCGCGAGAAGUUCUGCACCCACACCAUCAUCUCAGUGGCGCACAAGCUUGACACGAUUCUCGACUAUGACCGCGUCGUGGUGCUGGACGCAGGUCAAAUCGUCGAAACAGGGGAGCCGUACGCCCUCCUCACAGAGCCAAAGUCUCACUUCAGUAAACUCUACUCGAACUCCAUGGCCACCGAGGACACGGACUGA